AUGUCACGGCACAACAACAGGCCGAAGCAGACAUCUGGCAUCAAAUUACCGUUUGCGCUGCAACAAGAACUUGGCAUCGAAAGAUCUCAACAGCGGGGAAAUCGACGGCCCAACAAUGGAGCGGUUAGAGGAAGGAAAGAACAGCGAAAACUUGAGCGACAGACAAAGCGGACAAAUGUCAGAGGCUCUAACCCAAAAAAGCGAAAUGUGAGAGAUGACCAUGUCGACUUGGAGUCGGACCAAGAAGAGGACGAAAAUGAAGAGGAUGUCUUUGACGAGGAAGACUCUGAAGUUGAUGCACAGCGUCCACCUGUGAGACCCGCGAAGAAGGUAAAGAUUGAGCCAGAACCGGCAAAAGUGCCCAAAUCGAUCCUCAAAAAGCCCAGAUUACCAUCGCCGUCAGGCUCGAGUGCUUCAUCUGGGUCUUCCUCACGCUCUCGAUCUUCGUCACCGGGCUUGGUGCUUGACGCAUCGUCAAAGGCCUUCCGUGAACGAGCCGCUCAGGACGAUGCUGAGAUUGCAGCACUCGAGAAGCGUCUUGGUGGCAAGAAAAAGUCCAAGUCGUCGGAUCUAGAUCUAGAUCUCGAUUUAGACGACGGGUUGGACUAUCUGCUGGCAGGGUUGGAGGGCGAUGAAGACCGCGGUUCGAAGAGAAAAUCAGAAGAGGACGAGUGGCUGGAGAGGAAGAGGAGGAAAGCCGAGGGAUUUCGUGACGACCAGGAUGAUUCGGAUGAUGAUUCUGAGGAUAUUGGAGAUAUUGAUAUCGACGAUGACGAGGAUGAAGACGAUGAAAGCUUGCUUGGAGAAGAUUUCUCGGAUGAGGACGACAGCGAUGACCAGGAGGAUGGGUUCGAAGGUUUUGAGUCCGAGGACGAGCCAGAACUGAAGUCUCAACCGGCCAAAAAGGUGCGAGAAAACCCUUAUGUGGCGCCUGUGGCCAACCCGACUCCUUCGACGGCAAAGUACGUUCCACCGUCACUACGAAAGGCGCAGGCUACCGAAGGAGAAUCGAUCGAACGUCUCAAGCGACAGCUUAAUGGACAGCUGAACAAAUUAUCAGAAGCAAACCUGAUCUCGAUACUCGGGGAGGUCGAGAAGAUCUAUCAAACCAACCCGAGACAGGACGUUACGACUAUUCUCAUCGAGCUGCUCAUCUCACUCUUCUGUAACAAGAUGACGUUACAAAACACAUUCGUGAUUCUCCACGCCGCAUUCGCGGCCGCUGUCUACAAGGUAAUUGGCGUCGACUUUGGCGCUGGUCUUUUAUCUCACCUGGUCGACCGAUUCGACACAUAUCACUCAGCACCGGACGGUGCCAGUGAUGGUUCUGGAAAGGAAUCACUCAACUUGACGUCUUUCCUCUCAAAUCUCUUCACCUUCCACGUGGUGUCGAGUACCAUCAUCUUGGACCACAUCCGCUUACUCUUGUCCAACCUGACCGAGUCCAGCACGGAGCUUCUUCUACGACUGAUUCGAGAUUGUGGACCGCAACUGCGACAGGAUGACCCUACAUCGUUGAAAUCCAUCAUUCAAUUGAUGCAGCAGGAGAUCAGCCGAAUGGAAGCGGAAGGGAUCAAGAUGAGUGUGCGAACCAAAUUCAUGGUCGAGACGAUUACAGACCUCAAGAACAACAAGAUGAAGAAUGCCGCGAGUAACGCCGGUCUCUCCAGCGAACAUAUCACGCGCAUGCGAAAGGCACUCGGUUCGUUGAACAAUCGAUCGUCGCUGCGCGGUACAGAGCCAUUGCGGAUCGGGCGUGACGAUAUCAAGAACAGUGAUCGCAAAGGGAAAUGGUGGUUGGUCGGAGCGAGCUGGAAGGGUAAUGACUCAACCACGAUGCAUUUGGGCGAGACCAGUGGUGACCAUGUGGCACUGUCUGAAUCCUCGAAUAUUCUCUUAUCCGACGGGGAAGGCGACAUGGAAACCAACAACGUCGACCUUGCCGCCCUGGCGCGCGAAUAUGGGAUGAACACAUCGGUCCGACGGUCAAUUUUCAUCACACUGCUAUCGUCAGUGGAUGCCGUGGACUGCCAGACGCGGCUCCUGAAACUCAGACUCAAGCGGAGCCAGGAGACGGAGAUUCCCCCGGUUGUGCUACGGUGUGCGGGAGGUGAGAAGGAAUAUAACCAUUACUACACGCUAGUGGCCAAGCGACUUUGCAUGGAGAAACGAAUGAGGAAGGGAUUCAUGUUUGCACUAUGGGGAUGGUUUCGACGGUUAGGGGAGAAGACUGGGUCUGAAUUUGACGAUGAGGGAGGAGAGGAUGAAGAAGAAGAAGAAGAAGAUGGUGCGGACGGUGGUUCAAAGGUUUCGACGGGCGAGAUCAGUGCCAUGGCUCGUCUCUAUGCGUGUCUCAUCCUUGAUGGGGCAGAGACGCUGGGGAUCCUCAAAGUGUUGGAUUUGGCGUACAUGCAGAAACGGACGAGCAUGUUUGUCGAGUUGUUGCUGAUUCUGAUCUUGAAGGAUGCGAAAGAUGAUCAUGCUGUGAGGAGUGUGUGUGAGAGAGCCGCGGAUGAGGCUCCACAGGUGGUCAAGAGGUUGCAGUUCUUUGUGCGCAAGACUGUUCGAGGCUCGGAUUUGGUAGCUGGCAAGAAAGAUGCUGAGCUGGUUAAAUCGAGGUCGAGGGUUAUGCUUGACACGUUCAAGAUGUUGCAAAGAGAGGGAGCGAAUGGAGUUCAGGGGUUGGAGGAAUGAUGGGUUUUCAUCUUGGACGUUAUAAUGGAUGGUUCAUGAAUUCAACGAGCUAAUUCGUAAGAUACCCCUUUUGGCGAAUUGGUGUCACGAAAUCAUGAGUUGCUUCCCG